ACCUACGUGCUUGUUUCUUGUCUUGGUAAAGGCUGCAGCAGACAGCUGUGAGGGUUAGAAGCCCCUCUCACCUGCAGCCGUAGAGUUUCUCUCCCAUCGUCCCCUCCUGAGAAGAACCUGCUCAACCAUGAGGUCCGCUCACCUCCUCCUGCUCAGCAUCCUGGGAGCUGCACUGAUCUCCACGGCUCUCUGCAGGAUGUCAUUGGGUCCUGAAUCUUGUUGCUUUAACUUUUGUGAGAUGAGGAUCAAGAAAAGUUUGGUCAAAUCCUUUUUCAUGACGAAUUCUCACUGCGCAAAGGAGGCAGCUGUUUUCAUCACAGYUAAAGGCCGUCGUAUCUGUGUUAAACCAGAACGUCCUUGGGUUAAGAGUAUCAUCUCUGAACUGGAGCAGUCCUCCUUCUAAAGGAGCCUUCAUCUUCAUCUUCAUCUUCAUCACAAACACAAGUCUGAGUGACCUGCAGUAAUGUGCUGAUUAUUCUCAUGUCACUGCUGAUGUCAAUAAUAAGUUUGAGUCUUUAAUUUGUUUUUAAUGUUUCUGGAAGCUUUGUAUCAUCCUACAUUACUGUUCUUUAUUGUGUAUUUUAUUAUUCUUAAAUGUCUCACAGUUG